CAUGAUAACAUCAUGAGCACCCGGCGGCGUCGUAUAGUCCAGCUUCAAGUACAUAAUGUGUACAAAAAAAUUGAUUCAUACUUUUCAACUCGCCAUCAGCUUUGACGCAGAGUUUCAUCCGUGAACAUCUCCGAGGCAGCUUUCAGAAAUCCAGGAAUAUGGCUGGAGGCUCUGGAAAAAUUGCAGGCAGACUGAAAACAUUUAGCUUCGGGCAAAAGAUACUAAACUUCUUCAACAUGGAUUGGAGGGAUGCAGACAUUCGCGAGACAGACCUCUGCAUUGAUGAAUCGAGUGGGUGCACCGACAGACUUACCAAUGAUGAAGGGACAAGAUCGGAGUUGGCGAGCAAGAAUGCGCAGGGAAUGCACCCAAGCAUAGAAUCCAUCGAAAAAUCUCAAGUGCUGAAAUCAUUAUUAACUACAAUUUGGUGUGAGAAUACCGUUACAAAUGACAAAGAAGAAGCCUUUGAAAAAUGGCUUCUGGAAAAUGAUUCUUCCUUUGAGGUCAACAUGACAUAUGCAUACUCAGGAAAAACUCUUUUAGAGUACGCGAUGGAUCACCAGCUCCCGAGAAUGGCAAAGACCUUGAUUGAUCGUGGUGCCGACCUGAACAAGCAGGUCCUUUUGAACGCAAUCAGAGCUGGAGAGCAGUACUUCAAUUUGAUUUUACGUGCUGCUGGCGGAUCCUUGGACAUCACACAAAAAUUUAAAUUCGAAAAAACUAUUCUCCACUAUGCCGUCCACACAGACAAUGCGAAUUCCAGCGUGAACGUGGUCGAAUCGAUUUUGGAAUUGGUAGAGAAAAAGAUUGUUAACCCCAAGGACGUCAAGAAAUGGAUUGAUCAAAAAGACACGUUCGGUUUGACAGCCCUUCACUAUGCGGCCAAGAGGGGCCUCAAUGGCAUCGUUGAGGUCUUGCUGAAGAAAAAGGCUAACAUUUUUGCCCCGGACUUAAAUAAAGUCCCAGUUAUACUCUCUAUUCGUCCAGAGAUCAUCAUGAAACACCUAGACGAGCAAAUCCACUACAACUUCAACGAGUUCUCAAAUGAGGAGCACACUCUCGAAUUUGAUUUUAACUUCUUAAAAGUCCCUAAGAAAAAUCAAAAGUCUCUGAAGGCAGCCAGCAAAGAAAUGCACUCAUGUGUGAAUAUGGACGUUGCAAAGGAUACGACAAAAGAUAUUGAUGAAAAAGACAAAUCCGAAAACGAAAUGCAACCAUUGCAGUGGAUGGUGGAUUCGGAGAGCCACAGAAUUUUGCUGCAACACCCCAUCAUCAAGGCCUUUUUGUAUAUCAAGUGGAACCGACUUUUCUGGUUCUACUGGCUGAACUUUGCUUUUUACUUCGCAUUUGCCUUCUUUUUCUUCAUAUUUAUCAUCAGCAUCGAUUUCAAGAACUUUAACAAUGAAGGGAUGGUGAUUGCUAAAAAUCAAACCGAAAGUGUUGCAUUUCCGCAGGAAAACUUUGAUUACCGCUACUACACGCUGAUGGUGCUUACCGUUUUCUUUGCCCUACGCGAAUUAUUCCAAAUUGUUUUUCUGGGAAAAAAUUACUUUUUAAAUUUGGAAAAUUGGCUGGAAAUGACGAUUAUCGUAAUGAUCAUGUGUCUGCUGCACUCGCCGUUCACCAAAUGGUUGGCCUCCACACUUUGCCUGUUGAUUUGCAUCGAGAUGGUCCUCCUAAUAAGUCGCCACCCCUGCAUGGCCAUUUACAUCCGCAUGUUCUUUCAAGUGGCUUUAAAUUUCACGAAAUUUUUCUUAUGGUACACGUUUCUCAUUGCUGCUUUUGCUUUUUCAUUUUACAUCGUGUUUCCAUAUAAGUGUACUUCAGAAGAUGGGAAAGAAAAAUGCAAAGACUUUUUCAACACGUUGCCCAACUCGAUAUUUAAAACGAUGAUUAUGAUCAGCGGUGAAUUUGAAACUGGAGAAAUGGAAUUCAAUCACGCGUCAGUAGCAAGCCAUGUGAUUUUUCUUUCAUUCUUGUUUUUGAUCUCCAUCGUGAUGGUAAACUUACUGAAUGGGUUGGCUGUCAGUGACACACAACAGAUCUUAAACAAAGCCGAUCUCAUUUACUGCGUGUCACAAGUGAAAUUUUUCUUCGACAUUGAGUCCUUCCUCGGCUAUUUAAAAUGUUUCUGUCGGUCAUUCGUACAGAGUAUGGGUACAAAAAUUAUACUGCUCGAUAAUUUGUUAGGAAACGAAAACAAUGUUAUAACUGUCUACCUUAGCGAUAAUUAUAAAGUGAAGCCUGAUUUAAGAUAUAUUAGCAGAGAUGAUGGUUUUUUGGGUUUUAUCGGCGCGAAAAUUCCUUUUGAAUUUCAAUUUGGUAGCACUUUCAAAUCUAUUGUUAGUGAGGCCUUGAUAGUAAAGCAGAAAAGCAUGGAAGAUGAUAAGUAUGCUCAAAUUCUAACGGAACUAAAGAAACAAGAGGCAAGAUUAUUGGACAAAAUCGAAAAGAUGAUCCGAGACGAUCUGUAAUUUUCAGUUGCGACCAUAAUCAGAGUACUAUCGCAAUAGCGCUACUUUUUAAAGAGAUUAUUGAAAUUGCAAAAAUGAUGCUGUUCUAUGCGAUCACUUUCAAUCCAUUUUCGAUUGUGAAAAGUGAUUUUUAUGCUUCAUCUAAUCUGGGAAGCAAAAUGUUUCAAACUAAUUUAGCAGAAAAAUUAUCUUAUUUUAAAAAUAUUUUUUAUGUAUUUCAUUACAAAUUACAAUAUGCUUCAUAUAAUAAGUUUUAUGUACAAUAAAAAUACUA